UUGACCGACAGUUUGACCGGCUUUAGUUCCGGAACUGAGAACAGUAAAAGAGCGAGUCGAUCAGUGAACGAGAAAGAGAGUUCUGUUCAAAAUUCUUCUACCAAAACAAUGGACAAACCUUUGACAGAUAAGGAGAUCCGAGACUUAAGAGAAUGUUUUUUGUUGUACGACAAAGUUGGAGACGAUCAUAUUGAUUCRAGCCAACUAGGCGAUGUUCUACGUGGUCUCGGGCAAAAUCCCACAAAUGCUGAGAUCAAAAAAAAUAUUGCCGAGCUGGAUCCAAAGGGGAACAAAAGAAUCUCCUUCGAAGAAUUUCUGCCUAUCUUUCAGUCAUUUCGAGGGAAAAAAAACAAAUUUACUAGCGAGGAUUUUGUGGAGAGCUUAAAAAUGUUUGACAUCGAUGGCUCUGGGAUGAUCAACGAAGGCGAGUUGAGGCAUCUGUUGACGAGUUUGGGCGAGAAAAUGACCGAUGAAGAAGUAGAUGUUCUCAUUCAAGGGUUAGAAGACAAGCAAGGACAAAUUGACUGUGAACAAUUCAUUGGAAGUGUUCUUUCUGGAUAAAUAUCAUUCACCAGAGAGUGACAAAGCUUUCAAAUAUUAAAGCCGAACUAUCAAAAUGAAACCAGUGGCUGAACUGUGACAGCAAUGCUGAAGAUAUCUUGAAUUUGACAGCUCCUUCAAAUUUAGAAAAUAAGCUAAGAAAAGUUAAAAUUCUAAAAGAGAAAAUUUCCUACUGGACUCAUUUAUUUUCUUAUGGCUUAGAAAAAAUUGUAUUUAAAAGAGCAUGGGAAAAUCAGCUUUCUCGUAUCGAAUUUCAAAAUAUUAAUUAUUUGAUCUACAUAUUAAGCUCAUAAAGUUAGUUAUUCAAGAGGCAACCUUUGAUUUGAGGCAACCUUUUUUCUGUGCAGUAUAAUUCGGAAAAUCUUCAAAUAAAACCUAUAAUUUAGAAUUCGGUUUUCUUGAUGCAAAAGAAAGGAGUUGAAUGACUAUAAUUUUAAUGACUUUUUCAUGUUUUAUUCACGGUGUAUUCAAAACAGAACGCGAAAUGACACGGCGCUAUUCAGGUUGAUUUCUUUCAGUUUUACUUCUUUGAUACUCAAGGACUUCAAGUCAACGCUGUAAUUUUUUAACCUCUAGAUUCCUUUUAAUUCUUGAAUUAAGAAUUAUUUUUUUGGCGUUAGUUAAUAAAAUCGUUGUAAAAUAUUUCCAUUUUAGCCGGCUGCUCAGAAUAAUAAAUGUAAUAGAGUGCUUUGUUUAGAUUGUGUUGAAAUAAAAACCCUUUAUUUGCAUAA